UCAGCGUCCUGAAGAUGAAGGACUUCUGGUUUUCACCGUUCUCAGCUUUAUAAUGGCUUGCAAGGUGACAACACUUCUGGACAUCAAGAAUGCUGACAUUUACGUAGCAGAGGCAGAAAUAUUGUGUGCAAUGCGCGCGCGCAAUGCACGAGAAGACCGCAGCAGGACGCCUAUGAUAUCCGUGCUGGUGGCGGCCAAGUAUAUUUUGAUGUUAUGUGUCGCGUUCGUCGUUGGGUUGUCGACAUACGUGUGCUUCGCGAUCUCGGUGGCGCGGCUAGUACAACGGGAUUACGGCGACGCAGGUGGGGACGCUGCCAACAAAGCCAAACUGGAGGCGGCGCUGGACAUCUUCUACGCUCUUGUUCUGAUCCAGACAGCUUUCAGAAUUUACUGGGCAGUACUCGGCAGCCAAGAUCUGUGUACGCCGGUGAGCGAUGAAUGUGGAUUCGCAGGCUGGGGUCCCAAACUAGUUAGGAGAUAUGAAGCAGACACCCAAAUCAGCUGUAAUAAGGAAGAACCUCUGCCACGGGGCUGGAACUUGAUCACAUACGCUGUUGUGCUGCUGGAGUCUGCGUCACUGGAUGACCGUCUUUCAGGAGCCAGGGUGCUAGACACUUUCGUGGAACAGGGCAUACUUGUACGCAAAGAGCUACUAUCUUCCAGGCAAUCUGUUCAGAAUCUGAUGGGAAUGAUUGACAGUAGAGGCGUCACAGCGCAUGACAGCGAGAUCAGAGAGCGUGCCGGGAGGAUUGUAGCUCAUAUUGCCGGUGAUCUUCUCACAACACAGUUCCCGGCACGCUACGAUGCGUAUGUUCCUUACUUGAAGCAAGUAUAGAGCAAACUCUCGACUUAAAAUCCAGCAGUCUGGCAUCACAAGCUUCGGAUCUAGGAGGUGUCCACUUAUCAUUGGCGAUUCCCGAGCAAACUGACCAUCAGCAACAGCAAUUGGAGCGGAAAGUUCCGUGGUACGGUCGAGUGAUAGAUAUAUUGUUCGAUACAGAGCCAGACUUUAGACAUGGACACACCUUUGUGUCAAAAGGAACCAAAGA